GUUUUGUGAAUUCAAAAUAGAAGUUUAUUCCUUUACCCAGCAUCUUAUGGAGUUCUCCUGAUCCCGGCAAUGGCAGUGGUGCUCCUCUUCCACAGAUAAUAUUUGACGACAGCAAGAGAAAACAGAAAAGAGGAGUUGAUGAUAUCAUUGCACCCAGUUCAUAUCAUUCAAUUUACAGAUCAGAUCAGAUCAGAUCAGCAGUCUCUCAAGGCUGAACUCGGCAACACCCAAGAAUGGACAUUCUCUUUGCCCAGAUCCAAGCUGAUCUCCACUCCAACGACGCCCUCCGCCAGUCCAGCGCUCUCCUCCAGGCCCUCCAGCAGUCCGCCGCCGGCCGCGACAUCGCCGUCAUCGCGAAAACCGCCGUAGAGGAGAUCGUUGCCGCCCCGGCGUCCGCCGUCUGCAAGAAGCUAGCCUUCGACCUCAUCCGCUCCACGCGGCUAACCCCGGACCUCUGGGAAACCGUCUGCAGCGGCAUCCGCAAUGACCUCCACUUCCCGGACCCUGAUGUCGCCGCCGCUGCCGUCUCGAUCCUCGCUGCUAUCCCCUUCUAUCGCCUCGCCAAACUCAUCUCUGACUGCAACAAGGAGAUUUCGGAGUGCUUCGACUCCCCCAGCGACAACCUCCGCUUCUCCGUCACCGAAACCCUGGGCUGCAUCCUCGCCCGCGACGAUCUUGUCACACUCUGCGAGAACAACGUCAACCUCCUCGACCGCGUCUCCGCCUGGUGGGCCCGCGUUGCUGCCAACAUGCUCGACCGCGCCGAUGCCGUCGCCAAGGUCGCGUUCGAAUCUGUCGGACGACUCUUCCAGGAGUUCAGCUCCAAGCGCAUGAGCAAGCUCGCCGGCGACAAACUCGUCGACAGCGAGAACUCCCUUGCGAUCCGCUCCAACUGGGUCUCCUCCAUGGUGGACUUCGUGUGGCGCAAGCGCCGCGCCCUCAUGGCGCGCUCCCUCAUCCUUCCCGUCGAGAACUUCCGCGCCACUGUCUUCCCCGUCGUGUACUCCGUCAAGGCCGUCGCCUCCGGCAGCGUAGAGGUCAUCCGUAAGCUCUCUAAGGCUUUCUCUGCCGCUAGUGGAAAUGACGAGGUUGAUUCCCAUGCGGAGAAGCUUGUGGGGGUGUCGGACGUGGUGACUCACUUGGCGCCCUUCCUUGUUUCCUCGUUGGAACCGGCUUUGAUCUAUGAGGUUGGGAUCAACAUGCUGUAUCUGGCUGAUGUGCCUGGUGGUAAGCCUGAAUGGGCUUCGCAAUCCAUCAUUGCCAUUUUAACGCUGUGGGAUCGGCAGGAAUUUGCUUCUGCUAGAGAGAGCAUUGUAAGGGCUGUUGUCACCAAUUUGCAUCUCCUUGAUCUUCACAUGCAGGUAUCACUUUUCAAGAGGCUACUUUUGAUGGUGAAAAACCUGAGAGCAGAAUCGGAUCGAAUGUAUGCUCUAGCAUGUAUAUGUAGAACAGCUCUUUGUGUGCAUCUAUUUGCCAAGGAAAGUGUACGGAGAGGGCAGAAACCUCUCCCUGGAACAGAUAUAGCAUCUCUUUUUGAGGAUGCCAGAGUGAAUGAUGAUCUUAACAGCAUUACAAGUAAAAGUAUAUUUAGGGAGGAGUUAGUUGCAUCGCUUGUGGAAAGUUGCUUUCAGCUGUCUCUGCCACUGCCUGAACAAAAAAACACGGGCAUGGAGAGUAGGGUCAUUGGAGCUUUGGCAUAUGGAACGGGUUAUGGUGCAUUAAACUGGACUGAACCUGCUUUGGAAGUGGUGGAAGUUUGUCGGCCUUGUGUUAAAUGGGAUUGUGAUGGCCGUACCUAUGCCUUUGACUGCUACUUGAAGUUGCUUGUUCGGCUAUGUUACGUAUAUGAUACCAGGGGUGGUGUUAAACGAGUCAAAGAUGGAGCUUCUCAGGACCAAAUUUUGAAUGAAACUAGAUUACAAAACUUGCAACGUGAGCUUGUGAAGGACUUACGUGAGGUCAAUACACCAAGAAUUUUGGCCCGCCUUAUUUGGGCUAUUGCAGAGCACAUAGAUAUAGAAGGAUUGGAUCCACUCCUAGCAGACGACCCUGAUGACCCUCUUAAUGUCAUCAUAUCAAAUAUUCACAAAGUUCUCUUCAAUGUUGAUGCAACCGCAGAAACAACAAACAGAGUUCAAGAUGUACAGGCAGUUCUUAUAUCUGCUCAACGGCUGGGAUCACGCCACCCUAGGGCUGGACAGCUACUUACCAAAGAGCUUGAAGAGUUUAGGAACAAUCCUUUGGCUGAUUCUGUCAGCAAGCACCAAUGUCGUUUGAUAUUGCAAAGAAUCCAAUAUGCUUCAAGUCAUCAGGACACUAGGUGGGCAGGGGUUACAGAAGCCAGAGGGGAUUACCCAUUUAGCCACCACAAAUUAACUGUUCUGUUUUUUGAAGCAUCUGCUGCUCAGGAUAGAAAGUUGGAAGGAUUGGUUCACAAGGCUAUUCUAGAGUUAUGGAGACCUGACCCCAGUGAACUAACACUUUUGCUCACAAAAGGAGUGGAUUCUACUUUACUGAAGGUUCCUCCUACUGCGAUUACUUUGACUGGAAGCAGUGAUCCCUGUUAUGUUGAAGGUUACCAUUUAGCUGAUUCAAGUGACGGGAGGAUCACUCUGCAUUUGAAGGUCUUAAACUUAACUGAGCUUGAAUUGAAUCGGGUGGAUAUACGUGUGGGAUUAUCAGGUGCAUUAUACUAUAUGAAUGGUUCUUCUCAAGCAGUGCGGCAAUUACGUGGUCUUGUUUCACAGGAUCCAGUGUUGUGCAGUGUGACAGUUGGUGUUUCCCACUUUGAAAGAUGUGCCCUUUGGGUUCAAGUAUUGUAUUACCCAUUCUAUGGUAGUGGUGCUGUGGGAGACUACGAAGGUGACUAUGCAGAGGAGGAUCCGCAAAUCAUGAGACAGAGGAGAAGCCUAAGGCCUGAAUUAGGUGAGCCUGUGAUUUUGAGAUGUCAGCCGUAUAAAAUUCCGUUGACCGAGCUUCUUUUGCCACACCAAAUAUCACCUGUUGAGUUUUUCCGACUGUGGCCGAGUAUGCCUGCUAUUGUCGAAUAUACUGGUACAUAUACAUACGAAGGAAGUGGAUUUAAGGCUACUGCGGCCCAGCAGUAUGGUGCAUCUCCUUUCUUAAGUGGACUGAAAUCCCUGUCUUCUAAGCCAUUCCACAAAGUUUGUUCGCAUAUUAUCCGCACUGUGGCAGGGUUUGAGAUGUGCUAUGCUGCUAAAACCUGGCAUGGUGGGUUCUUGGGCAUGAUGAUUUUUGGUGCAAGUGAAGUGAGUAGAAAUGUGGACUUGGGUGAUGAGACAACAACCAUGAUGUGCAAAUUUGUGGUUCGAGCAUCCGAUUCAUCUAUUACUAAGGAGAUCGGAUCAGAUCUUCAGGGUUGGUUGGACGACUUGACCGAUGGUGGUGUGGAGUAUAUGCCAGAAGAUGAAGUGAAAGUAGCUGCAGCUGAGAGGCUCCGCAUAUCAAUGGAAAGGAUAGCCUUGUUAAAGGCAGCCCAACCACGACCCAAGACUCCAAAAUCUGAUGACGAAGAUGAGGAGGAUGAAGAUAACAAGAAUGAACAAAACAACGAUGAAGAUGAAAAAAGGAAGGGGCCUUCAACUCUGUCCAAACUAACUGCUGAGGAAGCUGAACAUCAAGCUCUUCAAGCAGCAGUACUACAGGAGUGGCAUAUGAUCUGCAAGGAUAGAACUACUCAAGUUAAUUAACUAUUUUCCUUUUACUGAUUUGCUUUGUAUUUUUUUAUAGUCCCCAGAAAUGUGAGUAUAUUAUUCUUUGUAAUAUUUUCUUAUUUUACGGUAUACAAACUAGGUAGAUACCAAGAUUUUCCAAGAGGGUAUUCUUUAUAUCCAUUCCCAUAUUUGCUGGAGAAAUGCUUUUGUACAUGUAAGGUGCGGCUAUUGGUUUGCUAUUUUAUAGUUGAUCAUUUCUUUGAGUUGGAAA